AUGACGUCCCUGACUCUUGUCAUGUUGGCCAUCUGCUUCUUUCACACCAUAUCUGUUUCACAAUCUGGUUUCCCGUCUGACCGACUUCCCCGGAAACUGCCUCAGCCGGAAGUAUACGUCAACCCUCAGGACGCCGUGGCCACAUCUGUGGCCAGAACAAUUGACCAGUACUUCUAUAAAACCGCACCUGUUGGCUUUGACAACAUCAUCACAAACAUCAAUGGCGGGUACAACACAGAAUAUGGUGUCUUCACUGCUCCUGUCCCAGGAAUCUAUUCCAUCAACUAUCACGUACAAAGCAAGAAAGGCAGCACCAAAGAGGCCCAUGUGGAUCUGACCCAGAACGGAGAAGUCGUCAACUCGGCCAAGGCAGAAGGUGAUUGUGUCACGGCCUCCAACUCCGCCGUCCUCUACCUUGACCAGUUUGACCAGCUCAGUGUUGUCGGUCGUGAAGGAACCAUCAUUGGCUGUGAGAAUAACGGUUUCUGUAGCUUCAGCGUGUCUCUGGUUAAACCGGGUAGAUUCACGGAUCUGAAAAUCCCCAGAGCUGUACCAAUGGACAAAUGGUAA